AAGACAGCCAACAGCUAGCCUCAGGUAUAUAUCUUCCACAAUUUGCAGUCCAAACAAAAGCCAAACGUCUCGCAUCACAACACAUCCUGAAACUUAUCACAAUCAUCGAGAAACCUCCCUCAUACAAAAACACCAUCAAGAACUCAAAACCUCACCCCUCUCUCCCCCUCUCCCACAGCCACAGGAGGCCAAUAAAGCUGCAAAACCCUAGUAAAUAUUUAUAUGUGUGAGAUAUGAACACCACCAUUCCAAAACUACCUUUCAUUAUCAAACCCUUCCUUCUCUCCCUCUUGCUCUCUCUUACGGUCCUCAUCUUCAUUGCCUUACAAACUCCCCACCACCGCAAAACUACCACCCCACAACAACCAAACACCAUCUCCUCAAAGAGCGGUGGUGGCCUUCGUAUCCGGCCGGGGUAUUCUUCUUACGAUGAAUACAUUCAGCGACAACUCAACAAAACCUUAAACCCUAAACUCAGGCAGAUAUGGACAACACGGGAUUGGGAGCGUAAAGUCCGCGUGUUUGCCCAGUUUUUUGAGUCUUUAAAGCGAAGAAACCUCUUGCUUAACAAUUCAAAGGCAUUAUCGAUCGGUGCUCGUGUGGGGCAAGAAGUGUCGGCUCUAAAAAGUAUAGGCGUGAACGACUCGAUCGGCAUUGACUUGGUACCUUACCCGCCACUUGUAGUGAAAGGAGAUUUCCAUGCACAGCCUUUCAUGAACGACACUUUCGAUUUUGAGUUCUCUAAUGUGUUUGAUCAUGCCUUGUAUCCGUGGAAAUUUGUUGGGGAGAUCGAGCGGACGUUGAAGCCUGGUGGAGUUUGUGUUGUACACGUGGCGUUAUCAAGACGGGCUGAUAAAUAUUCAGCUAAUGAUUUGUAUAGUGUGGGGCCAUUGGUUGAGCUGUUCAAGGACUCCAAGUUGGUGGAGGUUCGGAAGGUUGACGGGUUUGGGCUUGAUACUGAGGUGGUCUUUAGGAAAAACAAAAGGAGAAAUAUUUAAAGAUUUGUUUUUUUUUUCUUGAUUUUUGUAUUCUUGUUGUCAAUUGUGUCUUUCUUUUAAGAAACAUUUAUUUGUGGUUGAAUAUAUUCGUUGUAAUUUUCUUUAUAAGACAUUAUGAUUUCACAUGCAA